ACUCACAGUCAUACUGGAUGGACCACCAACACCGCCACCACCAAAAUAACACCAUUUUAGCAAUUCAUUUGUCCUUUUAGUCUCUCUCUCUCUGUCUCUCUCUCUCUCUCUCUCUCUCUCUCUUUUCCAUUCUCCUUAUUAGAAAAGCAAAUCCUCGCCGUUAAAAUUCUCUAGUAUCAUCAUCAAUCAAUCACAAGCUCAAUUGCGACGUGGGAGCGGAGUUUACGAUGAUGGAAAUGGCUAAGGUUGGAGUGCGAACUAGAGCGCAAGCUUUAGCCUUGGCUGCUGCUGCUAGUGGUUCAAGAAAAAGGAAAGUGAAUGAUAAUCAGAGACCUGUUAUGAAUAUAGAAUUAAGGAGAAGUACUAGAAGACGAAUUACUGUUGCUACUCCUGAGAAUAAUUCAAUUUCUAGAGAACUGAAUUCCGGUCACCGGACUGCUAGCGGUGUUGUUCAUGAUAGAUGUUCUAGCCCUAGCUUAGACGACUCGGAUCACGCCUGUGCUUCUUGUUGCUCGAGUAAUGGAUCAAGUCAAGAUGAUCAUGGAAAUAUUAAAUUCGCAGAUCUGCAGGAUGAGAGGAGCGCAGAAGUUGAAACGUCUGUGUACUAUAGCUGUAGAGAAAGAAGAGAAAGCACGCCAUCGAGUGAGGUUGGAGAAGAAUUAUCAGACGAACUGGAUUCUACGGCAAGACCAUCAGCAAUGGAGGCAAAUUCACGCCGUAAACCAUCAUUAACGGUGGAGAAGAUGCCAACGGAGACUGAGCUCGAUGAAUUCUUUGCAGAAGCUGAAAGGAAUAUUCAAAAACGAUUUGCAGACAAGUAUAACUACGAUGUCGUGAAGGAUGAACCAUUGAAAGGACGGUACGAGUGGGUGAGAUUAAAGCCAUAAUUGAAGAAGAGAACAAAAUCUGUGAUAAUGUCUGCAAUCUUCAUUCCUUAGGUCAUCACUGAUAGUUUUAUUAGUUUUAGGUACUACUGUUACUGCUACUAUGAUUUAAAUUUCUAGUGUAAGUUAGGUCUUUUUCUCUUUUCAUUUUUUUUCCUCUUCCUUGUUUAAUGUAUAGCUCUCUCUCUCUCUCUCUCUCUCUCUCUCUCUCUCUCUCUCUCCUCUUUUAUCAGUUAGAAUUUUUUUAUUUUUCUUUUCUCUAAAUUAUGUAAGAGUUCACCUAUUACACGGAGAAGUGAAGUUAAGCAUUUCUUUCUGCAAAAAGAAGAAAUGCAGAAAUUGCAACAAGUUCAUUUGACCAAGAAAGCAAACACCAGAGUUUUUGAAUGAUGAAAA